AUGAUCAGCUGGGCGCUCAAGCGCAACAACAAUAAAGACGCUGACACCGCGCGCGACGCGACCGGCGGGGGUACGAGAUCCCAUUCCCGCAGAACCUCAAGAAAGUUUUUAGGACACCGAACUCAGACAAAUGCAGAUGAUACAAUCCAGCUGGACAUGCCCGACACGCCAGCGCCGGUAUUUGCUGUGCGCGCGUUGAAGACAGCCAUCUUCGGGACCCCCGCAGCCCGCGCCGACCGCCGAGCCUCGAGACUGACGGCAGCAAACAACAAGUCCGCACCCGUAAAACCCGAUGUCGUUUCUGUCCCCGAAAAGUCGCCUGCGAAACCACCCGGCAUUCUUCUAACCCCAGGCACUGGCGCCGCCCGUCGAAAACGAGUGUCUUUUGGCCAUGACGUCAAGCAAGGCUCAGGAGGACCGGCGAGAUCGAGCAACGGCGAACUUGACGAUCCGAGUUCAUGGGCUGGCAGGCCUGCGGAUACCCCAAUUCCGAAAGCGAAGACGAAACUGCAGCAGACUUUGGAAAACGCACGGCGUAACAAGGCCGAGGAGACCACCACCGAGGUCAGGGACUUUGCCUCCCACGACAACGAACAGGAGGGGGCUUGGGAAGAGGUGGACGAUGAUUAUGAUGAGUCGGACUACGAGGCCGACAUUACGACCGAUCUGAACGAGCCUCACUCCAGGUCUGGUCAGUACUGGAAGUCCUACUUUGAAACCUACCACGCCGAUGCAAAGGCCGAGAUGGAGAAAUUGGUUAAGUACAAGCAGCUCGCAAAGUCUUAUGCGAAGAUGAAGGACACGGAGGCCGACGAGCUGAAGCAAAACCUGAGGGAGGAACAGGAGAAGGUCCAGCAAAUGGAGGAGAAGCUGGCUGAGAUGGGUAGGCAGGUGGCUGCCAAGACUCAACGGAACGGAGGGCAAGCCGAUAUGCAGUUGGUAGAUGAGCUGAACAAGCAGACGGCACUCGCACGGGAGUACAAGCUUCAGGUUGAAGAGCUGGAAGAUUUGCUUCAUGAUGAGAUGAGCGAGGACGAGCCAAAGGGAGCACGACAACGCCGCGUUGCCUCUCCACGGACCCACCGGACCCUUAUGGAAGCCCAGCGGGAACUGAGAAAAGCGAGGUCACAGCUAAGGGAGAUGGAUAGUCUGCGGGAAGAGCGGGAUAAACUGCGUUCCGACUUGAAGUUCGCCGAGCAAAGGUCCACCAAGCUUGCUGAUGAGAACAAGAAGCUGUCUGGGGAGUUGUCUAAGAGCAGCACCAAGAUUCAGGACCUGGAGAAGAACCUUAGCGAAUCAAAGGCCUCGUUCGAUAAGUUGAAGGAGGACGCCAAGAACCGGUUCAGGGAGGCCCGGGAGGUGUUGGAGACCAAGAACAAGAAGAUUUCCGAACUCCAAGACCAGAUCGCCUCCCUCAAGAAGGACCCCACCGAGAGCAAACGAACCACCUGCGCAACUCGAGGUCUGAGUCUAGACGAAAGGUCAAAACCCACCGCUGACCGCCCAGCAACAUCAUUACAAUCCCUCGAAACAGCAGAAGAAGACCACACUCGUCUUUUGCGAGAGCUUAAAGAACUGAAAAGAACCAGCCUCCAAACAGCCACCACCACAACUACCACGCGAGAUAAGAACCGCCCCAGUGUAGACGGGUAUAAAUACACCUCGACAACCGACGACCUCCAAACCCUCGCCACCUCCCGCGCCCUCCGCGAUAGAAUCGAGAGCGAAUUCGGCGUCGGGAAAAAGUCUCAACUCUCCUUCCCAACUCCCGCGGGUAACAUCCUCAUCGACCGCGCCAACCUCCCCGACAGCCCCUCCCCCAAUCCGAGGUCUGUCCCCUCCUCAAAGGAAGAUGUCAUCUCCCGAUCACCAAGCAGAGGCUCAUCCCGCCCACGAACAUCACGGAUAUCCAUCUCGAGAGAAAACCUCAGAUCGAAAAGCAGCACCGACACCAACGAGUCCGAAAAGCGCCUCACCAACGGCAGCCGCACCUCCCUCGUGCAGCCCCGGAAGAAAUUCCCUCCUCCUACCCCCGCUGCUGCGGUGCGGUCGCUCCCUACGUUGGAUGUCACCGAGGACUUGACGCAAGACCCAGAAGCAGCAGGGGGGAUCGACCUCGUGACGGGGAAAUUUGCCCGGCUGGGUGGUGGUGGUGGUGGCGGUGGGGGUGUUGACAAGCGGCAGGAUCCAAACAGUAGCGCUGUCUGGAGCACCAUGAACGCGUCACAGCUUGCAAUGCCGGCGGAUCGAAAGGCGGCGGCUAUUGCGCGGUUGCAGAGGAAGAAGGCGGCGAGGUUGCAGAUGGAGAGGAUCAAUGGCGGGGAUGGGAGGACAGGGACGAGGAAUAAGGAGAAUUUGAGGCCUUAUUAA